CCUCGUCUCUCCCCCAUUCCGGUCUUUUCGGAUCCUUUCCUUGUCCCCUCCUCCUCCUCUGCUGCGGCGUACCCUCCAUCGACCGCGUCUCCCUCCCUUUUCGCCCGAUCCCCGCCUCUCCUAAUCUCCCAAUCGGCCACUCGUUUGCUCGUCAAUCCACCCGAUUCACUUCCAGGGUCCAAUCCUACGCAGCAUCAAAGGGAGGAGAGGGAAACCAAGGGUAGCUUGAUACCAACUCGGCCAGUAGAUCCCUCCGUCUCGGUCCGACCGGUGCUUCUUCUCAACAGUUGUCCGGUUCUUGGUAUCCGAACCGUUGGCGCAUUCCAGGCUGUUCGUCAGGGUCCAGCAGCAACCAGCAGAUCGAUCCCCUUGCCGCCUUCCCCCCAGACCACCACCACCACCACCAUCACCUCCCGAUCGGCUUCCUACACGCGCUGAAUGAGUAUCUUGCUGGCCGCCUCUUCCAAUGCACAGACGCUCGUCUGGCUCGCCGGCCGAGGAUGAUGCUGAAGAAUCCGUACUCACCGUCUCUCGCCCUCCGACGGAGCCGAGUUCUGGUCCCAUCAUUCUCGACCCGCCGGAAAAAUCGCGUCCGCAGGCUGCCAGAACCGGCACCAGCUUCGAUCUGCGCCGCGAUGCCUCGACUCCUCGCUCCCGCAACUCCAGCCUCUGGCGCACCUCCUCCGCCUCCAAUGACUCCCGCUCGUCUUCCGUCAUGAUGCCGUUGGCCUCCCAGCGAUUGCCCAUGGAGGCUUCCCCGGAUGCUCACCUCCGCUUUCGACCCUCGCGCCUCCGCAGUCCCUGGCCGGUCUCGAUCCUGACGGCACUCACCACCCUCGUCGCCUCCAUCUUCAUCUUCUUCAUCAUCCGAUCCUUCUCCGAACGACAAAUUGGUGGCGAUGGCUGUGGGAUUCCCGUCAUGAGUCCCACGUUCAUUCGCAUGGUUGGAUUUGAUACGGAACAUACCCGCUUUGCGAGCAAAUAUAACCUUUUUCUCUAUCGGGAGGAGGGGGUGGAUUGGUACCACCAGGAGAAUUUGGGCUUAAACGGUGUCCCCGUCCUCUUUCUCCCCGGAAACGCCGGCAGCUAUCGCCAAGUCCGAUCCCUGGCUGCCGAAGCCUCGAGACAUUAUGCCGAUGUGGUCCGACACGACGAGGAGCGCCUCAAGACCGGCACCCGGAACCUGGAUUUUUUCAUGAUCGACUUCAACGAGGAUCUGGCGGCCUUUCAUGGCCAGACACUUCUCGAUCAAGCCGAAUACGUCAACGAAGCCGUGGCAUACAUUCUGUCGCUAUACCAUGAUCCGCGGCGGUCGCGGAGGGAUCCUGGGCUGCCAGAUCCUAGCUCCGUGAUUCUGGUUGGGCAUUCGAUGGGAGGCAUUGUCGCCCGGACGGCGUUGACCAUGACGAACUACCAGGCGAAUUCAGUCAACACCAUCGUCACCAUGUCGGCACCUCAUGCCAAGCCCCCGGUCUCGUUCGAAUCGGAUAUUGUCCAUACCUACAAGCAGAUCAACGAUUACUGGCGCGAGGCCUACUCCCAGACGUGGGCCAACAACAACCCCCUGUGGCACUUGACGCUGAUCUCCAUUGCGGGUGGUUCGCGUGACACGGUGGUCCCCUCCGACUACGCCAGUAUCUCAUCGCUGGUCCCGGAGACGCACGGCUUCACGGUGUUCACCUCUACAAUCCCUGAUGUCUGGAUCGGCAUGGACCAUCUGUCCAUUACCUGGUGUGAUCAAUUCCGCAAAGCCAUCAUCAAGUCUUUGUUCGAUGUUGUGGAUGUCCGCCGAGCCAGUCAAACAAAGCCACGAGCUGAGCGCAUGCGGAUCUUCAAGAAGUGGUAUUUGACCGGUCUGGAGCCAGUCGCCGAGCGAACCCUCGCCCAGAAAGAGCCAACCACUUUAUUGACGCUGGAAGACAAUACCAACACCAUCUUACCGCAGGGCCAACGACUGAUUCUUCGCGAACUCGGCCAUACCCCGAAUACCAAUGUGCACCUGCUGCCAGUCCCGCCGCAGGGGGUGUCAGGAAAGAAGUUCACUCUUCUUACGGACCAGAAAUUCGACGAAACUGGCGAGCAGGGUACACUAGAGGUGCUCUUCUGCAGUGUCUUCCCCUUGCACAAUGGUAAAUUCGCCAGCAUCUUUUCGAUGAAUAUGGACUUUUCCGGGGGGAACGCGGGUUCCACGCGGCUUGCUUGUAAGAACGCCGCGGAGGAUGGCAUCCACCUGCCCGCCUCGACGCGGACCUCUAAGCAGGCGUACGACCGGACGUCGCCGUUUUCAUAUCUCCAGUACGAUCUGGAGGAUCUGGUGGAGCACCAGUUUGUGGCGGUUGUUGACAAGGCGCGUACACCCACACGCGGAUGGGUGGUGGCGGAAUUCUCAGACAGCUCCGACUCGGUCAUCCGGGCUCGAGUGGGCCUGGGAGGCUUGCUCAGUGCUGGCCUGAAGAUGCGACUGCCGGCGAAUCGUCCCAUGCUCACCGAGGUGAAGAUUCCGGCGCUGCAUUCGAGUCUGCUGAACUACAAGCUCAAGAUCGUCCGACGGGGCUACGGCGAGGAACCCGAGCUGUUUGCACCGCUGCUGCGCCAGUCGAUGCCCGAUCCCCACGAGUCCAAGUUCUUUGUCAACGCGAGGCAGGUCAAUGUGAACUUGCACGGUGUAGCCCCAUUCAUGCCUCCCCCACUUCGCGAGCAAGCCGCCUUGGGUGGCGUGUCCUUUCAGCUGUGGACGGACCCGAGCAGCGAGUCCACACUCGACAUCUCCCUGUCGGUGGACAUCCUGGGCAGUCUGGGUGAGCUCGUGAUGCGGUACCGCACCGUCUUUGCGGCAUUUCCGGUCCUGGUGAUUGCUCUGGUUCUGCGGAAGCAAUUUCAAGUCUAUGACGAAACGGGAUACUUCAUCACCUUUGCAGAAGGGUUGGAUAGCACGUUGCGGUCAUCUUUGCCCCUCCUGCUGCUUGCUAUGUCCUUGCUGGCUUCGUCCCUAGCUACGUCGACCACACUGCCACCAAGUGAUGAUCCGUUCCAUUGGCGAAGCAACUCCACCGAGUCACCUGUCGAUUUCACGAAGAACGAUCUCCUGCUAGGCUCGCAAGAUGCGUUCUUCUGGUUUCUGGUUCCUGUCUUCGGUCUGAUCAGCGUGGGGGUGUGCGUUAUGAUGAACUACGUGGCGCUGUCUCUGAUCUCGGUGCUGUCUUUCUUCUAUGGCCUCUUGAACAGCAAGUCGGGGUACAUUAAGCGCGACGACAAAGGCAACCUUUCCCUCUUUUCUACCCCCACAACAAGACGGCGGUUGAUCAACACGGCGAUCCUGUUGGUUCUAGUUGCGACCGCCAUUCCGUACCAGUUUGCCUACAUGGUGGCAUGUAUCGUGCAGCUGGCUACGUGUGUGCGGGCACAGUGGCAUGCGAGAGAAACGAAAUCCACGACCCAUUUCAAUUUUGCCAAUUUCACGUAUUCGAUCUUCCUCCUGAUGCUGUGGAUCCUCCCCAUCAACAUCCUUGUCCUGCUCGUAUGGGCCCACAACCUGGUUGUGCACUGGUUCAUGCCCUUUUCGUCGCAUCACAACGUGCUGUCGAUCAUGCCGUUUCUCCUGCUCGUCGAGGCCAUGACUACAGGGACUAUGAUCCCUCGCGUUAACACACGACUCAAAACGGUCACCUCCCUCCUUCUCUUCGCCCUUGCCAUUUACUCGGCCGUGUACGGCGUGUCGUACGGCUAUCUGCUCCAUCACCUUACUAAUAUCUUCGCCGCGUGGCUGGUGGGAAUCUACCUGUUCAGCAGCGGCUUCUCGCUCCGGCGCCUGUGGCGGGUCCUGGAGGGCGACGACGCGACGUCGACGCAGGAGCCCGGACGCCACGUGAAGAAAAAGCCAUAAUCCCGGCCAUACAUAUACGCUAUUCUUCUAUAUUCUUGUCUUCUCUGUUGCAUUUUGCCGGGUACCGGACCACGAUUAUACGGCGUUCUUGCUUGGGAGCGGUGUUUUGCUUAUGUGCCGACCAUGGUCGGUUGUACAGGAUUGUUUAUGCUCAUACGAAUGUUGAUCGGCCAGUCAUGCUGGGCUCAGCAUGGCGUGGCCGGAUUGUACUGGCUAUCCGUUGUUGAUACGUUGUCUGUAUAUACGGUUGGAUCUGGAAAUAGACUUGGCCGGUAAUAUCAUGUAUG